CCGUGCUGUAUAUAUCUCAGCAUCUACUUCUCAACCCUUCCUGAGAUACUCCUCCCUGGGAACGGUCAUACCUCCGUACUCCUCUCCUGUACAUACCCAUCACUGUCAUACCUCCGUACUCCUCUCCUGUACAUACCCAUCACUGUCAUACCUCCGUACUCCUCUCCUGUACAUACCCAUCAUCACUGUCAUACCUCCACACUCCUCUCCUGUACAUACCCAUCACUGUCAUACCUCCGUACUCCUCUCCUGUACAUACCCAUCACUGUCAUACCUCCGUACUCCCUCCUGUACAUACCGAUCACUGUCAUACCCCAUCACUGUCAUACCCCUCCUGUCAUACCUACUCCUCUCCUGUACAUACCCAUCACU